AGCCCAUCACCUAGCUAGCCAGCUAGGAUAGUACCUUUUGGUUUACUCACGAUGUUGCUUCUUAUGUACUAAUGGACAAUUUUUCCAAAACUUGAUUAAUGGUACUUUUAACUUUUUCUCAAAAAAAAAAAAAGAACAAGCCAUCUAGGAUGCUUAUAGACUACCGUUCAAGCAAAAGUAGUUGAGAACGGAUAACCUAACAUAUGUAUGUUUGAUUAGUGACCUGAAAAAAAAUUCUCGACCACCAUAACCAAAAACGAUAACAAACAAGCCUACGGUGGUUUCGGCAUGCGGGAGUAACAACUAAAAUCAGUGAAUCAGCAACUUAAAAACCUGCCACAACAGCAAACAACGUGGCAAACAUAAACACCAGCUUUUAUGACCAUCUUUCAAGUUUCAACAAGUUUCCUUUAUUCUGAAAAAAUACAACUCUCCCGCCAAACCCUCUUCCUUCAAUCUUCACUUCCAUUGACGGUUAACUUCAGAGGAGAGAGAAAAUGGCUAUGUCGUACGAACAACGCCUGAAAGCGGCGGCCAAGAUUAUAACGGCCGCCGAUGAUUCUCCGGCGCCGUUCAACUGUGAUGAAAUCGGAGUUACGGCCACCCUUAAACCUCACCAAAUUGACGGCGUCUCAUGGCUUAUUCGCCGUUAUCUUACCGGCGUCAACGUUAUUCUCGGAGAUGAGAUGGGAUUGGGUAAAACUUUACAAGCCAUCACUUUUCUGGGCUACCUGAAGUUCUGUAAAGGAUUGCCCGGGCCAUUCUUGGUCUUGUGCCCCUUAAGUGUGAUAGAUGGUUGGGUGUCAGAAAUAGAGAAAUUUGCUCCUAAGUUGAGGGUUCUCAGUUAUGUUGGUGAUAAAGAGCACAGGCGUAUGCUGAGGAGGACAAUGUAUGAACAUGUUCAAGCACAAUCUUCAUCUACUGAUAUGCCUUCAUUACAUUUCGAUGUCCUUUUGACGACAUAUGACAUUGCGCUGAUUGAUCAAGACUUCCUUUCACAAUUUCAAUGGCAUUACACUGUGAUUGACGAAGCUCAAAGGCUUAAAAAUUCUUCAAGUGUUCUGUAUGGCGUGCUCAAAGAGUGUUAUGUAAUGCCACGACGUUUGCUGAUGACAGGCACACCCAUCCAAAACAACCUUACUGAACUUUGGGCAUUGAUGCAUUUUUGUAUGCCAUCUGUUUUUGGAACAUUGGAGCAGUUUCUUCACACAUUUAAGGCUGUAGGAGAUGCUUCUGCUGGCCAUGAUGGUGCCGCGGUUAAGGAGCAGCUUAGCACUUUGAAGUGCUUGCUGGGAGCGUUUAUGCUACGCAGGACAAAAUCUAAGCUUGUUGAAUGUGGAACUCUUGUGUUGCCUCCUCUUACUGAGAUUACAGUGAUGGUACCACUAGUAGCCUUGCAGAAGAGUGUUUAUACAUCAAUUUUAAGGAAAGAGCUCCCUAGACUUCUUGCUUUGUCUUCUGCAACAUCGAAUGUCCCAUCAUUGCAGAAUGUUGUAGUCCAGCUACGAAAGGCAUGUAGUCACCCUUAUCUCUUCCCUGGUAUUGAACCUGAACCGUAUGAAGAGGGUGAACACCUUGUUCAGGCUAGUGGUAAACUUAUGAUUUUGGAUCAACUUCUUCAAAAGCUGCACGAAUCUGGACACCGUGUUCUAUUGUUUGCUCAGAUGACCCAGACCCUUGAUAUUUUACAGGAUUAUUUGGAGUUACGUCGUUACUCUUAUGAGCGCCUUGAUGGGUCAGUUCGAGCAGAAGAGCGUUUUGCUGCAAUAAGAAAUUUUAGCCAUCUAUCAACCCCUGGGAAUGCAAACUCAGUAUCCAGUGAAGUAGGUGCUUUUGUCUUUUUGAUAUCUACAAGAGCUGGUGGAGUAGGUUUGAAUCUCAUGGCUGCUGACACUGUUGUAUUUUAUGAGCAAGAUUGGAAUCCUCAAGUUGAUAAACAAGCAUUGCAGCGCGCACAUCGGAUUGGUCAGAUGAACCAUGUGCUGUCAAUAAACCUUGUUACAGGGCGUUCUAUUGAAGAGGUCAUUAUGCAGCGAGCGAGAAAGAAAUUACAACUUAGUCAUAAUGUCAUUGAUGAUGAAGCUUCAGAGCACAUGGGGAAAGAACUCUCUGGGGCAGGGCCUGGCGACCUUAAAUCUAUGAUAUAUGGGUUGCGUUUAUUUGAUCCUGAAGAGAGUAGUAAAGAAAAUUUCAGUGAGCCAACGCUGUCAGAAUUAGAUGCAUUGGCUGCUGGAGUGCUUGCCAAGCGCAAUGAGAAGAAAUUUGACGAGGAAACUGGGGAGUUUGCAUUGACUCCAAUUAGUCUAAGUGGAAAUGAUUUUGGGAUGGAAAGGGCUGAUGUUACUAUAAAUGUUGACCCUGGUCUUGAUGAAGCUUCAUAUCGUUCUUGGGUAGAAAAAUUUAAGGAGGUAUCAGAAUCGGUUGAUAGCACUCCCGUGGAGCUGGAGAGUAGGAGAGUGACAUCCGAGGAAAAACUUCAAAGGCUCGAGGCUGCGAGAAAGAAAGCAGAGGAAAAGAAGUUGGCCAAGUGGCAAACGCUUGGAUACCAAUCACUUUCUACUCCUGAUCCAAUCCUGCCUGUAGAUUCUGAUUUGAUGUCAGACCAAGGUUCUGUUAAUUUUGUCUUUGGAGAUUGUACAAAUCCAUCUGAUGUUUGUCCGUCUGAGCCGGCCGUUAUCUUCAGCUGUGUUGAUAACUCUGGAACUUGGGGCCGUGGUGGCAUGUUUAAUGCAUUGGCCAGACUCUCCAGUAAAAUUCCAGAGGCAUAUGAGCGUGCAUCUGAAUGUGGAGACCUUCAUCUUGGAGAUCUUCAUCUAAUAGAAGUAGAUGAUGCUGAAAGCGAGCGGCUCAAAGAUGGUGGGAUGCCUUGGUGGGUUGCCUUAGCUGUGGUUCAGUCGUACAAUCCCAGGCGUAAAAUUCCACGUAGCAGUAUCUCUACAAGUGAUUUGGAACUUUGCUUAUCCAAAGCAUCAUUUGCUGCUGCCCAAAAAUCUGCCUCUAUCCACAUGCCACGUGUUGGGUAUCAAGAUGGAUCAGAUCGAGCAAUUUGGUACUCUACUGAGCGUCUUCUGCGAAAAUAUUCCUCCAUAUAUGGCAUCAAGAUUUAUGUGUAUUAUUACAGGAAGCCUUCAAGAUAGUGAACUACUACAUGUCAAUCAUUUUGGUGCUGAAGACGAAAUGAGUAAAAAGUAGUCCAAGCUUUCAUUUGGUACUUCUUAGUUCUUUAUUCUUAUCCAUCUGUUGUUUACUAACUUUUUGUGCAAGACAGUCAGCUACCAUAACCCAUGAACCCCCCCCCCCUCCCCAAAAAAAAAAAAAAAAAAAAAAAAAACUUUUGCAUUUCCUCUUAGAAUGAAGUAGAGGUGAUGAUUGUGCUUUAAGACCUUUCAUUUACAGUAAAUAUUACAGUUUGUAUUCUUAAUUUGCUGCUUG